AUGGCUUACAAUGGCUACAACGGCUUCAACGACGAUGUUAUGGACGGGGUCGAGGCCUCAGGUCCCAAAGUCACUGUGAGAGAAGUCGAACCAGAUCGGUGCGAUUUUGUCCUACAGUCAUGCUCUCUCGCCCUCGCCAACUCGCUCCGCCGCGCCAUGCUUGCUGAAAUCCCCACCAUUUCUAUCGAUCUCGUCGACAUUACUACAAAUUCUUCUGUUCUUCCUGACGAAUAUCUCGCACAUAGACUGGGUCUCAUCCCCCUUGUCAGCAAAGGCGUGGACGAAAACCUGAAUUAUGGAAGAGACUGUGAUCGCUGCGAUGACCAUUGCGAAUACUGCUCCGUUGUCCUCCGCCUUCACGUUCGAUGUUCUCAAGCAGGCACGAUGCUGGUUCAUGCGAACGACCUCAUGGUAGUGAAUCCUCGCCAAGACGGUAUCGGUCGGCCAGUCAUUCGUGAUGCUAACGGCGCCGGGGCUCUGAUCGCCAAACUGAGGCAAGGGCAAGAAAUUCAGCUGGAAUGCAUCGCCAAAAAGGGUAUCGCAAAGGAGCACGCGAAAUGGGCACCCACUUCGGCGGUGGGCUUCGAAUAUGACCCGAACAACAAGCUGCGCCACGUAGACUACUGGUAUGAGACUGACGCCAAGGAAGAAUGGCCGGUGGACGAGCGCAACGCCACGUGGGAGGGAGAUGAGUCGGCUGCCGAUGCCGCAUUUGAUCCUGAUGCUGUUCCAAGUGCAUUCUUCUUCGACGUCGAGGGCAUCGGUACCCUCGAACCAGAUGACAUCGUCCGCGGCGGAAUUGAGGUGAUCCAGAAAAAGCUGGCUGAGACCAUCAAGGUCCUUGGAGGCGCUGAGGCUGCCGGCGUCGACGGAAUGAAUGGCGUCCAAAGUCCAGAUGGGUACGAGCCGGCUCCCGCAAAUGGAGCAUUCAGUUCAUACGGUGGACUCAGGGGGGGCACGACGCCUUAUGGUGCGACUCCAUACGGUGCGGGUGGCUACGGUUCCUAUUAG